UGUGAAUUCAUAGCUACAGAACCCUCACAGGUGUUGGCAUCACCUUUGGCGGAGCUGUAAUUUUUGCGUUGUUCUUCCAUUUGUAGCUAACUCAAUGACCAUGGAAUCGGGUGCAGAUACGCAGCAGGGUGGGGACACUGCUGUUGCAGAGACAGACAGCCAGCAGAUCGGAGUGCAGGCACAGCCCCAGAUCGCUGCCUUGGCGCAGGUGUCCAUGGCUGCAGGUGCUCACACCACCUCCACUGGCCCCACGGUGACCCUAGUGCAGCUGCCCAACGGACAGACCGUCCAGGUGCACGGCGUGAUCCAGGCAGCACAGCCCUCCGUCAUACAGUCCCCGCAGGUGCAGACUGUCCAGAUUUCCACGAUCGCGGAGAGCGAGGACUCGCAGGAGUCGGUGGACAGCGUGACGGACUCGCAGAAGCGCAGGGAGAUCCUCUCCAGGCGGCCCUCUUACAGGAAGAUCCUGAACGACCUGUCUUCGGACGCCCCGGGGGUCCCGCGGAUAGAGGAGGAGAAAUCCGAGGAAGACUCCUCCGCUCCCGCCAUCACCACCGUCACCGUGCCGACGCCCAUUUACCAGACCAGCAGCGGGCAGUACAUUGCCAUCACCCAGGGAGGGGCCAUCCAGCUGGCCAACAACGGCACCGACGGCGUGCAGGGGCUGCAGACCCUGACCAUGACCAACGCUGCGGCCGCCCAGCCAGGGACCACCAUCCUGCAGUAUGCGCAGACCACCGAUGGCCAGCAGAUCCUGGUGCCCAGCAACCAGGUGGUGGUGCAAGCUGCCUCGGGGGACGUGCAGGCGUACCAGAUCCGCACCGCGCCCACCAGCACCAUCGCGCCCGGCGUCGUCAUGGCGUCCUCGCCGGCCCUGCCCACGCAGCAGACGGCCGAGGAGGCGGCCCGCAAGCGAGAAGUGCGGCUCAUGAAGAACAGGGAAGCUGCGCGCGAGUGUCGCAGGAAGAAGAAGGAGUACGUCAAGUGUUUGGAGAACCGCGUGGCCGUGUUGGAAAAUCAGAACAAAACUCUGAUUGAGGAACUCAAAGCACUUAAAGACCUGUACUGCCAUAAAUCCGAUUAGCUCUCUGGGUACUUUACUGCAAGCCUGUACAGAAACUGAGUCCAGUGCUCAAGAUCUGGACAAGAGACUCUUGUUUUCUAAAUGUUUUUUUUAUGCUACAAACUGCCUAUAUGAAAUUACAGGAAUAGGAAAGGCGGGGAAAAAGGAGAAACAAACUUACGCCUGAGGUCUUGGAAUUCCCUGUCUUUAGCAGUGGAUCUUGACAAGGAAAAGGAAAUGUGGGCAAGACUUUUUAAUCAUGGAUGCCAUUUUUUUUUUAACUCAUCUCGUUCAGAGAGAAAAAGGAGGCGAUGGUGGUGUUGGGGGGGGGGGGUCUCCUUCCCCCUCUCUCUCUCCCUCUCUCUGCCGCCCAACAGGGGGCGCUGUUCGCAGACUGCAGGGGGGGAGAUCUCUGUACCCCAGCUGCAGGGUGGGGGUCUGGUCUGGCUCUGGGGGGGUCCCCCUGGCCUCUCACACCUGUCCCGUUCGUUGAGCAGUCUCUGUCACGGGGCCACCAGCCCCUGGGCUGCAACACGGAUCACAGCCACUCUGGAACACCCAGGCGGAUGGACGAGAGGGAAGAGAAGCACACAGAGGAGCCUCGUGAUCUCAAGAGCAUGGAGCCCUGCAGCUUUCCAGCUCCUCGCCCAGUGUGCAGCAGAGCUUGGAUCAGCUGCAGCAGUGCAGGUGUGGGCUCUGGGUGCUACACCGGUGGUCGCUCAUCACCCCUUCAAGAAAAGAUGAGCGAGUUCGUGGGGGUUCAGCGGGGUAGUCUGAGCAUGUUGCGUUUGAUCCUUUCAGCUCACCUGAAAUGAGGAGGCGUGUUAGAUGGCCUGUUGGAGUGGGGUUUGCUUUCUGUGGCUGGUAUGCGAACCCUGUACCCUUUGCAGCAUUUGAUAGGUGUCUCACACUUUUCAAAAGCGGAUCGGUGAUCUGCUCGUGAAAUAUUGGUUUCAGUACUCCUUCCAGUAUUUUUUUGUGUUGUCAGAAUUUCAUUAUUUACCUUAUAAAGGUAUUGCUAAUCGGUUCGGAAUUAAAAUGAGCUGGGUUCAAGAUGGGUCCUGGUUUAAUUCAUAAAGCAGUUACUCAUGACAGUCUGCGAAGUGAUUGAAUAAUGAGCACAUAUCAACAAGUCAGGCCUUUGGAAAAUAAACUGCACACAAAGACAUACACAUGUACUGAAAGCAGACCAGUGGAAUGGUUAUCUAAGUUAGCUGUCAUCUAAGACAGUUUUCUUUUCUGAUGCACAAUUUACACCAGAACGUUUUUCUCUGGCUUGUGGAUAUAAAUCAGGGUUCUUGCACAGUUAGAUCACAAAGAGCUAGACGUUUUUUUCCCCACCUUCCCAGUUUAUUACUGCUCCCCGUGUGGCGUGAAGCACGGUAUACUAAGCAGAUGGUGAACAGCUGCAUUUUACUAAGGGAACAGUCAAAUAUACUGAAGUUCACACACUACUUGUUUUCUUAAUAACUUUACACCCUUCUAAGAGAAAGUGUAUUUUGUGCAUUUGUAAAAACGUAUUGAAAUCGUUUUGCAGCUCUUUCUUUGUAAGACGCGAGGAUAACAAAGGCACCUGCACACCGAGAUGAAGAUGUUCCCAUCUCCUGUCUUUGGCUGGUUUUUUCCCCCACGUCUUUCAGGGCUGCAGAUUAUUACGGAGACAGGCUGCAGUCUUUCAGCAGGCAUUGAGCACUAACCGCAGUCCCUCUUUCCCAGAGGGGGCUGAGGUUAGCAGAGAAUGCGGCGCAGCUGCACUGUUCCGUGCCGGGCUGUAUCCCUGGCGGAGCGCUUUGCUCAGACUAGUGCACAGGUCAGGCUGACGAGCCGCUGAGGCCAGCAGCCAGGGGAGAGCUGGCAGGAUGGACAAGCUGCGUGUUCAGGACGUGCCUGUUGUGGGGGGGGAAAAGGCACAAGGCUGGAAAAUAGAAGCUCAACUGCACGUUUUGCGAUGAUAGGUGCUAACCGGACAGUUACACUGUGUACCACUGAGCACCCCCCCAGCCACACAGCCUGCGAAGAGGCCAGAUGUGAACUCGGCCCUUGACCGGAGCUGUGUACAGGUUGUGGCCAGCGUGCCCUGGGCAGUAAGUGCCCUGCAGACAGCCCAGCACCUGGGUCAGGGAGCCUCCUCCACAGCACGCUGCAGUGCCACACAGCUGUCCCGCCAAGGAACGGGGCCUCGUCUUGUCCCAGCUCACAACACAGGGAGGGGAGGGGAGGACUAGUUUGUUCCUGGUAGGAUGCCACAUUGUAUUAUAAAGUAGCCAGUGGUCAUGUUUUCAUUUUAUGCUGCAAUGUUUUUUUUUCUUAUAAAUUGCCGUUUUUUUUUUGUCUUUUUUUUUGAUGGAGGUGGAGAUUGCUGACCCCAGAAGGCCUCAUUCUAUUUGGCCUCUUACUGGGACACACUAUUUCCAGCUACUACCUUGGCAGCUAUUCCGAACAAGGCUUUGAGAUGUAACUUCGUGUUCCGUUCCAUUGUCUGUAAGGAAGUUGGGAAUGUUACUACCAGCGCUGAACUCUGACAGGUUUAUCUGAUGUAUUUUUUUUUUAAAUGUUUUUAUGAACAAACGAAUCAUUGAGCAAAGUAAACAACAGCAAAAAGAGGCAGGAAUUUUCUCGGGAGAGCAGCGAUGUUCUUUCAUCCAUACAGAUUGUCUGUUCACGCCGGUCUGGGUGUUCAGGAGAAAACAUCGGAACUGUAGAUGAUUAAUCAGUGGUGACAAAACUGCAGAAUGAAAUAAUGAAUUGGAUUGUUUUGUUUUGUGGUAAGUUAACACGCUGGAAAGCAGGGUGGCUGCAGGUAUCCAGCUGAAAUCCUAUAUUUGGAGCGCAGGGUUAAAAACAGCUUCCUGGCUGGUUGCAAGAACCAUUGCUCUCCACUGAGAACCUUCUGCAGGACAUUACUUCAAUUAUGGUAAUUAAACUUGAUGGUUAGGCCCCAUAUUUCAUCAUUGUCAUCAUAUCUUCUGAAUUGUGGGACUCGCAGAAAUCUUCUGUUUUCACAAGGAAUCAUUUUGUUGAGUGGGAGGGGAGCACUAUAAUUUUCUGAAAAAAAAAGUAUUUUAAUUUGCUCAGCGAGAAAUGAUCUUCCCAUAUCUGGUCACCCUUGUUUUUAUGUGGUAGACAGCAAAGACCUGGGGCUGGUCAGACACUAAAACUUCACAGAAUAUGAAUGACCUGGAUUGUGAAUAUGAAAGAAAACCAAGUCACCGACAGGUGAUCUGUCCGUAGGGUUCACAUUUUCAAUUGCAUGUUUCUCUUUGAUGUGAGGAGCUAAAAGGAAUAAGAAAUCUUACAUUUAUAUAGUUGCUAUUUUUAUUAUGGAUACAGAAGUGCUGAUACAGUAUUGCUUUGCUUGUUUUAUUUUUAUACAUUAAAGGCUUGUUAAAAUUUAUAGAAUUCAUAGUAUUGUAUAUGUUUAAUAUUAUAUGAGGGGGAAUAAGCGAUUAAUCCACAGGGUCAGUGUGCUGCUCUUGCCUUUGCUAUUAAUAAAUGUAUUCAAACAAUAACGUGCGGCCAUAGGGGUUUGCAGCUCUAACAGAUCGAGGUUUUGCUCUGCAGUAUAAAUGGCGGUUUUAAGUUGGGAAAGGUUUAUUCUAAUGAUUCUUAAGUCUUCAGUGUUUGGUUCCCUAGGGCCUUGUAAUAUUGGGGCAAUCAAAUACUACUUCACCUGACUUGUUCCAGAUUUUCACACCACCACCUGGCAGUUGGUCAUUUUGAUUCAGCCCACCCCUUACCCAGACCUGCACUGGAAAGGAUUGAAAGACCUGGUGUUUGACUAAAACUGUAUCAGCAGGAGGGUGCAAUGCACAGGUUUAAUAGCCCGUGUGGCCCUCCUGGUCUGGUGCAGCCAGCUGAGCACUGAAUGACUUAAGCGCGCCAGUUCUUUGAUUAACUGGUAAAGGUUAGAUGUUCAUUGACGGUUUUCCAGCUUUCUGCCGUAUAACUGCUUGCGCAAACCCUGUUGUGAAGGACGAGACGUGCCUCUGGGGCAGUCUUUCUUCUGUCCUCGCUCCCGAGCCCGUCGUCCCCGUCCUGUGGCCCCUAGGCCUCUCUGGUUCACCUGGGGAUGGGACUGGCCUGUGGUCCACGAUGCACUUAACCAGGAAGACUUCUCUCCCCUGGACCCCAUUCUUUUGUUUACCCCAGUGUGUUUGAAGAGGGAGCGUUCAAGCGCUCAGAUUGAACCCAGAUCACUCCGAAAGCAGCCUGGUGUGGUACUGAGGUUGUUGACCCCCGUAGCUCGGAAAUCUCUGCGAGGUGAGGGACAUCAUUAGAGGGGUCAUGCAGCAUAACCUCUUGCGCAUAGGAAUUCAAAAAAGGAGCACUUUUUCUAAGUGUGUGUUCUAAAGUAAAUGUAUAAGAACAAAAACCUGCAAUGUUCUUGCCUGCAGUACUUUAUUUUUGCCUGGGGAAAAAGAUGGCUGGUGUAGACUUACAGCAGACACAGCGUGAGGUUGUGAAAUCAACGUUUUGAUUAAACAAGCACGGCCCAUACUGAUCUGAGUGGAUAAGAGUAUGGGUUGGUAGCACAUAACUAUGUUAUGGUUAUAUGAGACUCAAUUAUCAACGUUGACUAUAAAUGUCUGGGCUGGUUUAGUGCUGGUAAACCUUGUGACUGCCCCCUCAUCUGAAUGUGGUCUGAACAAAUUUUUUUGUUAAGGGAAAAUUUAUCUCUACUUCAAAAUUACAGGAUCUGCAAUUUUUUUUAAAAAAAAGGGAGCAGAGAGCACCAGAGUUCAUAAACAAAUUGAAACCUGAAUCGAUGAAUGAGAUGUGAUGCACCACUCUGCAUUAAUUAAAUGCAUCCAUGCCUUUUGAAUGCCUAUGUUAACUAGAUUCCUGCUGGAUUGUACUAGCCUUAGACUGAUCCUGGCAUUGCUCAGCUAAUGAGCUGUUGGCACCUGUUGAGGUGAGCUCACUGAAGGCCAGCUUAAACCACAGCUUCAGCCGUGCCUGUGAAAUCCAGUGAGACUUCCAAUGAUUAAACUGCACCGCCCAUGUGAAUUAAAGCAAUUGGAGGAGAAGGACAAAGGGUACUACAAAGGCCCGCACAGCAGGUCAGUUCUGGUACUAUCUUUGAUUUCUUUUGUACAGCAUCUUUCACAGUGAAGCGUCAAGACAGUACUUUCUCAAAACGUCAAAAGCAGCAGAAGGUGGCCUUUGUGAACGUCUUUAGUCCUCUCCUCCUCCCGUCCAGCCCAUGCACGUAAAGUAGCACCCCUAUCGUUAUCCCAGGUGGAAACAGGCAAUGAUAAAGCUCGCAUGGGGUCACCAGGCACAGGCGAGGAGGAGCAGUGCAGUUCUGGUUUUCCCCAAAAGGCAGCAGUCGCACCCAAGCACCUCACCUCAGUGCUGGUUUUGUUUUUGUGUACAUUUUUUUUUUAAUUUGUUUUUCCACGCAGCUUGCCAAGCCUAGCCCUCCUAGGGAAAGCACUGUAUUUAGCUCGAGGGAGCAUGUCCCUUUCUGCGUUUCUUCCACGACGGCCACCUUGUCUCCAGAUGGGUUACUCGGCGGCUGUCCGGGCCGUGUGCACGGUGCUCGCAGAAGAACUGUGAGAAAAGCCGCAAUGACAUGGCGCGUGUAACUGUCCCUGGUGCUCCAGAACUGCCAGAGAAGAGGAAUUGUGUUUUAUAAAUCUUUUUGUGCUUUAUUUGUACAAUGCCAAUUUUACUAAGCAUAAUUUUUAAACACUAUGUGUGUGUAUAUAUAUAUAUGAAGCUAGCAGCAUCUUUUGUGUUUCGGUAGCGUAGCGGUACACUGUCUAUAUGAACUGUCUGUGAAUCUUUACGGUUUCAUUCACUCCUGCAUUGCGAUUAAAAAUCUCUGCACCCGCCUUGUUUAAAAUGAACGUUUUGUGACACCGAUCUGUUGUAACACCCUUUUAUAGACUUAUGUAAAGCCACAUUAAAAAAAAAUGCUUUUAAAAUUAA